UAUAUACACAAAGUCUGAGUUUAGAUUGGAAUUAACCAAGUUCUGACAGAGCAAACGAAGUGAGGUACAACUAUAGUGCUUCAGGAUACGAAAGUGAAAGAACAGUAUACAAGAUCACCAAUACUUUUUAUGCAACUGCAGCCUCUGUUGAGUUGGUGAGGCCUGCAACAUGGAAGCUGAAACCGAUUCUCCAGAAGAUGCAUCUCCUGUGUGUGUCCCAUUAGUUAAGUCAUUUAAAAAUAUUGGAAGUGAAGAGAUAACAUUUCCGCAAAAACAUGGAAAUGAUGUAAAUUCUAAAUAUCCAUUGGUAGAAGAAAAAGGGAAUGCAGAUAGUAGCAAGACUGAUGAAGUCUCCGAAAUAAGACCUCAAGAAAUACAUCAAGAAUCAUGUAAGGUCUUUGUGGGAAGCGAAAAACAAACUGAAGUGCCUGCAGGCUGGUCAAAGCAAAGAGAUUCAGAAGGAAUGGUUAUGACGGAAUCAAUACCAAAAUCAAGUAUUGAAGAACAAGGAAAAGUUCCAGGUGAGCACGAACAUGAACACAUGUCAACAAUACCUGAAUUGGCAAUUAACCCCACUGAGGUGGCUGUAAAAAUCUGUGAGGAAGAAACAUACAAGGAGGAAGAAGGGUUAACAGCAACGGAUAAUGACCAGAGCUGCAGGCCAGAAAAUGAACUAGACGAAACGAGUAAAGCUCUCGAGGCAAUUGAUCAAACCCAAUUCACGGGCAAAGAUACAGCAGAAUAUGAACAUGCUGACCACCAAUCGGAAGCACCCAGCACGGAGAAUGUGAUUGCAAAGCAUUCCAACUCAGAACAGUUGCCAACGAAAAGCAGCAUAAAAUCAAAUUGUGAUGAGGAACCACUAGAAAAGACUCUUGAAUUAUACUCUGUUGAUAAUUCAGAGAUAAAAAAAGAUGGAAAAGUCAUGUCAGAGAAGGCAAUAGGUGUGCCUGCAGAUGGGACCCUGAAAACUUUAUCAACUACAGCAUGUGUUGGCGCUGCAGAGUUAGAGAACAAGGAUGAAGGAAAGUUCACACUUGAGAAAGAAAAAGAGAUGGAAGCAGCAACAGAUAUGCAAUUAUUAAAAAGUGCAACAGAUAGUCCACCUGAUAAUAAAGACCUGCCAGCAGUGUCCACUUCUGAAUUUGUCAAAGGUCACACUGACGAAAUCCCACAGCAACAAACACAUAAAAAUGAUGAAACAUCAGUUACUGACACUGGGAAGAGCAGUGCAGAAUCUGACGAUGAUGAGAAAUUAGAUAAAGAGGAGAAAGCAAUUGAAGAAGCAAUAAAAACCCAGUUAGUAAACACUGAAACAGAAAGUCUACCAGAGGAAGAAGUCCAGCUAAGAUUGCCUACGCCUGAUAUUGUCCAACAAAAUACUGAUCAAAUCAUAAAGGAACAACCACUUAAUCAAGAUCAACCAGACAUGAUUGAUAACGCCCAGAGCUGCAUAGCAGAAAAGGAACCUGACAGAGUUAUUGAGGAACCUGUAGAAAUUGAAACCAAGCACAACAUCAGAAUAUUAAAAGAACAAGAAGACCAACAAUCAGAAGAAAAAAGCAUGCAGAAUGUCACUGCAAAUUCUAUAAUAGAAGGGCACGUCACACCAAAAAGUAGCACAAAAGUAGCUGAUGAUGUCCACAAAUCAGACUCAAUAAAGAAUUUAGAGAAGAAAGAUGCGAAUGAAAUAAGAGAAGUGGAAGCAACGGAUGUCAAACAAUCAACUAAUGUAGAGAAACAAAAAGCAGAAGCUAAAGGGAUGUCUGAAGAUAAAGGCCUGCAGACAUUACCCAGUGCAGAAUUGGUCGGAAACAAAGCAAUUGAAGAGAGUUGUAAAGGACAUAUAAAACCAGAAGCAGGACUUGCAGUGACAUAUGCAAAUGAGGAGCAAGCACUGCAACAUGAAUUCGACAAAAAAGAAGAAAUUCUGGAGGAAGAGGCAUGCCAGCUCACUGCAGAAAGUGAAGCGAAACCAGAACCCCAGAUUGUAGCACAGAACAAUGAGACCACAUGCAUAAAGCAUCCGUAUUUGGAUAGAGAGGCUUCAGAAAUGAACCCCAUUGUUGAUACUAUAGAGCACGAGAUUUCAAUGCCCCAUGCGAAGUUCAAUCAAGAGGAAGAAAAAGGGACAGAAAAAGAAACAAAAAUGCAGCUAGAAGACACUACAGAAAGUGUGCCGAAAGAGGAAACUAUACAACCAAUAGCUAUAGCAGAAUUAGUCAGAAUCAAAGCACAUGAUGAGAGUAGUCCAGAAGCAAAUGUUACAGUGAAAUCAAACAAGGAGGUGCAAACAUCUAAUGUCAUAGAGAACGAAGAGAUUUGGGAUACUGGAAAGUGCAAUCAAGUAGAAGAAGAACAAACGACUGAAGAACCUACAAAAUCACAGCUCCAGGAGGAACAAGUCCAAACAAGAUCACCCACUCCUGCCUCUGUCCAUGGUGACCCUAAUCAAAUUUGGCAGCAAGAAACACUGUACAUAAACGAAUCAGAAAUAAAUGAUAAUGACAAGCAGGGCAGCAUACCAAAAAUUGCACAAGACCCAAAAUUGACUAUUGCUCAGGAAACUGAUAAACCAGAAACCGAGGACAAUGUUGGAAUAGUGACAGAGAAAUUAGAAAACAAGCAUGCAAGUGAAAUCAGAUCAAAGGAAGGAACAGAUGCCAAACAAUUGACAGAUGUGGAGAUACCAAAGUCAGAAAUAGAAGGUGUGUCAAUAGAUGAAGCUCAACAACCAAUAGCCAAUACAGUAUUUGUGGGAACCGAGGUUGUUGAUGAGGGCAGUGGAGAAGAGAUAGAGUCAGAAGCAGAUGCUAAAUUGCUAUCAAACAAUGAGGAGCAAAGACCAGAAUAUGUUACUGAGGGAACUGUAGGAAUAAACGACACUAAUUAUACAUAUGAAAAAGAAGGGGUUCCAACAUCUCCUGUCAGUGUGAAAGAAGGGAUUGAGAAUGAUCGAAAAUUCAGUAAAGAAGAAGAAUCAAAGAGGGUAGAAGAGAAAACAAAAAUGCAGUUACAGGAGGAACAAGUCCAGACAAGAUCACCUACUCCUAUCUCUGUCCAAGGUGACAGUAAUCAAAUCCAUCAGCAAGAAACACUGUGCAUUGACGAAUCAGAAGUUUUUGAUAAUGCCAAGCAAUGGUGCAUAGCUGCAAUUGAACUUGAGAAAGACACCACUGUUGUACAGGAAACCAGAAAUUCAGAAACCAACGAUAAAAUUAUCACAGUAGCAGAGAAUUUACAUCACAAGGAUGAAACAGAAAUCAAGGAAGAGGAAGGAACAUAUGCCCAAAAAUCGACUGAAGUGGAGAUGCUACAGUCAGAAAGAGAAGGUAUGCCAGUAGAUGAAGCUCAACAAACAAUGGCGAAUGCAGUAUCAGUCAGGUCCGAAGCACUUGAUGAAAGUAGCCAAGAAGAGAUACUGCCAGAAGCAUAUGUUACAGAGAAAUCUAACAAAGAGGUGAAAACACCAGAAUCUGUUACUAAUGAAGUUGUAGAAACAAACACCACUAACUAUACUGAGAAACAAGAGGUCCCAAAGGGUUAUGUCAGAGAGAGAGGAAGGAUUGGGGAUAAAUUCAAUCAAGAGAAAGAAGUAGAAGGAAUUGAAGCAACAAACACUCAGUUACUGGAGGAAGAAGUCCAGAUACGAUCAUCCACUUAUGUAUCAGUUCAAAGUGAUAUUAAUCAAAUACCGCAGCAACAAACAGUAAACGUUAAUGAAUCAGAAGUGAUUGAAAUUGCCAUUGUUGUUCAGGAAUCGGAAGUAUCUGAAGCAAAGGACAAUGCCAGCAGAGUAAUAGAGAAUUUAGACAAGGAUGAAAGUGAAAUCAGAGCAGAGGAUGGAACAGAUGCCAAAGAGUUGACUGAUUUGGACAUGUCAAAGUCAGAAACCGAAGAAAAAAUUCAAGACGACGGAAAAUUCAAUCAAAGGGAAAAAGAAAAAAGGAUUGACGAAGUAACAGAAAUCCUUACACCAGAGGAAGAAGUCCACACGACAUCACCCACUCCUGCCUUUGUCAAAAGUCAUACCGAUAUAACUGAGCAGCAAAUAGCAUUCCAUCUCAAUGAAUCAAAUGUGAUUGCUACUGCCAAACAAAGCUGCAUACCAGAAUUUGAACAUGACAGAAAUCCUACUGUUGUUCAGGAAAUCGAAGUAUUUGAAACAAAGCACAACAUCGACAGAGUAAUGGAGAAUUCAGACAAGGAAAAAACUAAAAUCAGAGAAAAUGAGAAAACAGAUGCCACACAACUGAAUGAGGAGAGUGGUCAACAAGACAAACAGCUAGAAGCAGAUAUUACAGACAAAUCUAACAAAAAGGUGAAAACACCAGAAUAUGUUACAGAGGAAAAUCUAGAAACAAACAUCACUGAUUAUGCUGAGGAAAAGAACAAAAGUCCAACAGAUCAUGCCAAAGAGAAAGAAGGGAUUGAGGCUAUAUUCAAUCAAGAGGAAAAAGAAAAAUUAAUUGAAGAAACAACAAAAACACACUCAGAGGAGGAAGAAGUCCAGACACAUGCUCCUGCCUUUGUCCUAGGUGAUACUAAUCAAAUUCCGCAUCAAGAAACAAUGCAUGCUAAUGAAUCAAAAGUGAUGGAUAAUGCCAAGCAGAGCUACAUACCAGAGAUUGAACUGGAUGAAAAGGCCAUUGUUUUACAGGAAACUGAAGUAUCAGAGAGCUUGUACAAAAAGGAUCCAACUGAAAUCAGAGUAAAGAAAGAAAUAGAUGCCAAAAAAUUGACUGAUUCGGAGAUGCCAAAGCCAGAAACCGAAGAAGAUGAAGAAGCUCUGCAACCAAUAGCAGAUGUAGUACUGGUCAGAACUGAAGUAGUUGAGGAGAGUGGUAAACAAGAGACACAGCCAAAAGAAGAUGUCACAGAUAAAUCUAACAGGGAGGUGCUAAUAAAAAAAUUUGUCACUGAGGAGGGUGCAGAAAUAAACACCAAUAACUGUACCAAGGAACAUGACACGGUUCAAGCAUCUCCUGCCAACGAACUAGAAGGAACUGAUGAUGUAAAAUUACAUGAAGAAGAGGCAGACGAGAUCGAAGAAAAAACCAAAACUCAGAUCCCAGAGGAAGAAUUCCAGACAAGUUCACCCACUCCUGCCUUUGUCCAAGAUGAUAGUGGUCAAACUUUGCAGCAAGAAACAGUGAACAUUGAUGAAUCAGAAGUUCUUGAUAAUGACAAGCACAGCUGCAUACCUGAAAUUGAACUUGAUGGAAAGUCCACGGUUGUUGAGGAAACUAACAAUCCAGCAAUCGAGGACAAUAUCAGCACAGGAGCAAAGGAUUUAGACAACAAAGAUGCAAUUGAAGUUAGGGCAGAGGAAGGAACAUAUGUCAAACAAUUGACUAAUGUGGAGAUACCAAAUUCAGAGAUCAAAGCUGUGCCAAAAGAUGAAGCUCUGGAACUAAUAGAAAACAUAGUAUUAAUCGGAACCGAACCAAUUGAUGAGGGUAGUCAACAAGUGAUUCAACCACAAGCAGAUGUGAAAACACCAGAAUAUGUUACUGCAGAAACUAGAGAAAUAAACACCACAAAUUAUAGCAAGGAGCAAGAAAAGGUUCCAUCAAUUCAUGCUGAAGAUGAAGGGAUUAAGAAUAAAUUCAAUCACAAGGAAGAAGCAAAAGGAAUUGAAGAAGCCACAAAAAUACAAUCACUGGAGGAAGUGCAAACAAAAUCACCCACUCCUAUCUUUGUCCAAGGAGAUAAAAAUCAAGUUCCGUAUCAAGAAACAUUGCCCGUUGAUGGAUCAAAAGUAAUUGAUAAUGCCAAACAAAGCUGCAUACCUGAAAUCGAACUUCACAAAAAUUCCUUGGUUGCCCAGGAAAGUGAAAAACCUGAAACCAAGAACAAUGUCAACAUAAUAACAAAGAAUUUCGAUGACAAGGACGCAAGUGAAAUCAGAGCAGAGGAAGUAUCGUAUGACAAACAAGUAACAGAAGUGGAAAGAUCAAAGUCAUUGACAGAAGAAUACGAAGUUCCACAACCAAUAGCAAUUACAGUAGCAGUUGGAACUGAAAUAGUUGAUGACAGUAAUCAAGAAAAGAUACAGCACGAAGAGGACGUUUCAGAGAAAAAAUCUAGCAACGAGGAACAAUCACCACACUAUAUUGAUGAGGACACUGCCCAAAUAAACACUAAUAGUUAUCCUGAUGAACAUGACAAGGAUCUAACACCUCAUGCCAAGGGAAAAGAAGGGAUUGAGAAUGAGGAAAAUUUGGAUCAAACGGAAAAAGCCAAAGGUAUUGACAAAACAAGCAAAAUGAAGAUACCAGAGGAAGAAAUCCAGAUAAGAUCAACACCACCUGCCAUUGUUCAAGAUGACAUUGAUCAAAUCUCGCAGCAAGAAAUACUGCAUGUUGAUGAAUCAAAAGUUAUCGAGCAUAUCAAGCAAAACUGGACACCAGAAAUGGAAUUUGACAGAAAGUCCACAAUUAUUCAGGAAACUGAAAAACCUGAGACCAAGGACAACGUCGGCAUUAUAACAGAAAACAAAGGCACCAACAAUGCAAGGAAUAUCAGAGCUGAGGAAGCAACGGAUUCAAAAAAAUUGGCUGAUUUCAAGAUGCAUAACCCAGAAAUCGAAGAAACAGAUAUGUCAGAUAAUGAAGUUCCACAACCAGUAGCAAUUACAGCAACCACCAAAACCAAGACAGUUGAUGACAGUAAUUACGGACAGAUACAGCUAGAAGACUUAAUCGAGAAAGAAUCUAACAAAGAGGAACAAACACUACAAUAUGUUGCUGAGGACACUGUUAAAAUAAACACAAAUAAUUAUACCAAUGAACAUGACAAGGUUCAAGAUGAAGAAGCCAAAGAUAUUGAAGAAACAACAAAAAUGCAGUUAGAUGAGCAAAAAGUUCAGAAAACAUCACCCACUCCUACCUUUGUUCAAGGAGACACUGAUCAAAUCUCGCAGCAAGAAUUACUGCAUAUUGUUGAAUCAGAAGUUCAUUAUGACAAGCACAGUAGCAUACCAGAAAUUGAACCUGACAGAAAGUCCACUAUUGUUCAGGAAACUGAAAAAACUGAGACCAUCAGCAAAGAAACAGAGAAUUUAGGUACAAAUGAUGCAAGUGAAAUCAGUGCAAAGGAAGAAACAGAUGUCAAAAUAUUGGCUGAUUUGAAGAUGCCAAAGUCAGAAAUCCAAGAAGAUGAAGUUCCGCAACCAACAACAAUUGCAGUAGUGGACAUAACCAAAACAGUUGAUGGCAUUAAACAAGAACAGAGGAAACUAGAAGAAGACAUUGCAAAUAAAAAAUCUAAAGAGGAACAAACACCACUAUAUGUUGCUGAGGACAUCGCAGAAAUAAACACGAAUAGCUAUACUGAAGAACAUGACAAGGUUCAAACAUCUGCUACCAAAGUAAAAGAAUGGAUUGAGGAUGAUAAAAGUUUUGGUCAACAGGAAGAAGUAAAAGCUAUUGCAGAAACAAACAAAAUACAGUUACCAAGGGAAGAUGUCCAGAGAAGAUCACAUACUCUUGACUUUGUUCAACGUGACACUGACCAUAUCUCUCAUCAAGAAUUACCGCAUGUUGAAGAUUCAGAAGUUAUCGAUUAUGUCAAGCACAGUUGCAUACAAGAAAUUGAACUUGACAGAAAGUCCACUAUUGCUCAGGAAACUGAAGAACCUAAGCACAAGGACAAUAUCAGCACAGUAACAGAGAAUUUAAGCACAAAUGAUGGAAGCGAAGUCAAAGGACAAGAACAAACAGGUGUCAAAACAUUAGCUGAUAUAAAGAUGCCAAAGUCAAAAAUCGAAGAAGAAGUUCACCAACCAAUUGCAAUUGCAGAGGUAGUCAUAACUGAAACAGUUGAUGACAUUACAGUGAAAAAAUCUAACGAAGAGGAAAAAGUCCAGACACUAGCACCCACUCCUGCUUUUGUUCACAGUGACAUGGAACAAAUCUCACAGGAAGAAUUACUGCAUGUUGAUGAAUCAAAAGUUAUUGAAUAUGUCAAGCAAAGUUGCAUACGAGAAACCGAACUUCAAAGAAAGUCCACUAUUCCUCAGGAAACUGAAAAACCAGAGACCAAGGACAAUAUCAGCAAAGUAACAGAAAAUUUAGGCACCAACGAUGCAAGGGAAAUCAAAGAAGAGGAAGAAACAAAUUCCAAAAAAAUGGCUGAUUUCAAGAUGCAGGACUCAGAAAUCGAAGUUGUGCCAGGAGGUGAAGUUCGGCAAUCAAUAGCAACUGCAGUGGCUGUCAUAACCCAAACAGUUGAUGAUAGUAAACUAGAACAGAUACAGCUGGACAAAGACAUUACAGAGAAAAAAUCUAACAAAGAGGAACAAACACCACAAUUUGUUGCUGAGGACACAGCAGAAAUAAACACCACUAACUAUAAUGAUGAAAAUCAGAAGGUUCAAACAUCCAAUGUAGAAGUAAAAGAAGAGAUUGAGGAGGAUGAAAAUUUUGGCCAACAGCAAGAAGUCAAAGCUAUUGGAGACAACAAAAUGCAGUUACCAAAGGAAAAUGUGCAGACAAUAUCACCUACUCCUGCCUAUGUUCAAUGCAACACUGAUCAAAUCUUGAACAAAGAAUUACUGCAUGUUGAUGAAUCAGAAAUUAUUGAUUAUGUCAAGCAAAGUCGCAUACCAGAAAUUGAACUUGACACCACUAUUGCUCAGGAAACUGAAAAACCAGAGACCAAGGACAAUAUCAGCAACGUAACAGAGAAUUUAGGCACAGACCAUGGAAGUGAAAUCAGAGCAGAGGAAGACACAUAUGUCAAAAACUUGGCUGAUUUGAAAAUACCAGAGUCGGAAAUCAAAGAAACAGAGGUACCAGAGGAUGAAGUUCCUCAACCAAUAGCAGUGGCAGUAGAAGUUGAAACUGAAAGAGUUGCUGACAUUAAUCAAAAAGAGAUACAGCCCAAAGAAGACAUUACAGAGAAAAAAUCUAACAAAGAUGAACAAUCAUCACAUUAUGUUGCUAAGGACACUACAGAAUUAAAAGCCAAUAGCUAUACUGAUGAACAUGACAAGGUUCAAACAUCUCAUGCUGAAGUAAACCAAGGGACUGAGGGUGAUGAAAAAUGUAGUCAAGAGGAAAACGCUAAAGGUAUUGAAGAAAUGAACAAAAUGCAAUUACAUGAAGAAGAAGUCCAGAUAAGAUCAUCCACUCCUCCCUUUGUUCAAGACGACACUGAUCAAAUCUCGCAGCAAGAAUUACUACUAGUUGAUGAAUCAAAAGUUAUUGACUAUGUUGAGCAAAGCUGCAAACCAGAAAUUGAACUUGACAGAAAGUCCACUAUUGUUCAGCAGGAAAUUGAAAAACCUGAGACCAAGGACAAUGUCAGCAUUCUAACAGAGAAUUUAGGCACCAAUGAUGCAAGUGAAAUCAAAGCAAAGGAAGAAAUAGAUGCUGAAAAAUUAGCUGAUGUGAACAUGAUACAGUCAGAAAUUGAAGGUGUGCCAAAAGAUGAAACUCCAAAACCAAUAGCCAAUGCAGUAUUGCUUAGAACUGAAGCAGUUGAGAAGAGCAGUCAACAAGACAAACAGCUAGUAGCAGAGGUUGCAGACAAAUCUAUCAAAGAGGUGCAAAACCAAGAAUUUAUUAUUGAGGGAAAUGUAGAAAUAAACAUCAAUAGUGAGGCUGAGGAAAAGGACAAAAAUUCAACAUUUAAUGCUGAAAAGAAAGAAGGGACAUCUCAUGCCAAUGGAAAAGAAGGGAUUGAGGAUAUAUUCAACCAAAAGGAAAAGGAAAAAGAAAUUGAAGAAGCAACAAAAACACACUCAGUGGAGGAGGAAGAAAUCCAGAGAAGAUCACCCCCUCCUGCCUUUGUCCAAGGUGAUACUGAUCAAAUUCAGCACCAAGAAACAUUGCAUAUUAAUGAAUCAGAAGUGAUUGAUAAUGCCAAGCUGAGCCACAUCCCAGAAAUUGAACUUCAUGAAAAGGCCAUUGUUGUUCAGAAAAGUGAAAAACUAGAAACCAAGGACAAUUUUGACAGAGUAAGAGAGAAUUUAAACAAGGCUGAAAGUGAAAACAGAGCAGAGGAGGGAAUAGAUGUCAAACAAUUGACUGAUUUGGAGAUGCCAAAGUCAGAAACCGAAGCAGGUGUGCCUGAAGAUGAAUCUCUCCAACAAAUGUCUGACACAGUAUCUGUUGAAAAGGAAGCAGUUAGUGUGAGUCAAGAAAAGAGACAGCCACAAGAAGAAUUUAUUAAGAAAGUUGACGAAGAGGUUGAGACACCACAGUAUUUUAUUGAGGAUAGGGAAAAAUUAGAAACCGCAAAUGACACAGAGGAACAAGAAGAGGUUCCAACAUCUCAGCCUAAAGAGAAAUCAGGAAACAAGGAUGAUAACAAAUUUGAAGAAGAACAAGAAGAAAAAGGGAUUGAAGAAUCAACAAAAACACAAUUACAAGAUGAAGACAUCAGGACAACAUUGCCCAUCCAAACCUCGGUCCAAGGUGAUUUUGAUCAAAUUUUGCAGAAACAAACAGUGCAUGAUAAUGAAUCAAAAGGGAUUGGUAAUGCCGAGAGGAGUUGUACGCAAGAAAUUGAACUCAAUGGAAAAUCCACUAUUGUUGAGGAACCUGAAACCAAAGACAAUGUCAACAUAGUAAAACAAGAACAUGCAGAUAACCAAUCUGAAAAAUCAAGCAUUCAAGGAGUCACUACUACAUAUAAUAUAACAGAAGAAGGACUCGUCAAGUCGGAAAGCAACAGAGAAAUAAGUGAAGUGCACAUUGAUGAACAGGAUGCAGUAAAAUCAUGCUCAAGAGAGAAUUUACACAACAAAAAUGCAUGUGAAAUCAGAGUAGAGAAAGCAUCAGAGGCAAAACAAUCAACUUAUGUGGAAAUACAAGAGUCAGAAACCCAAGAUGAGCCUGAAGAUAAAGCCUUGAAAAGAAAGCUCAAUUCAUCAUCAAAUGGAAAUGAAGCACUUGAUGAGAGUAGUUUAGAAGAAUUUACAGAGAACUUUAACAACGAUGCGCAGACUCCACAGCGCAAUACAAAGGUGAAUGCAGAAACAAACAUUACGACUUAUCCUGACAAACAGCAAGAGUUUCCAGCAUGUCAUGCCAAUGAGAAACAAGGGAUUCAGGAUAAAGGAAAAUUCGAAGAAGAAGAAGCAGAGGAAAUUGAAGAAUCAAUAGAAAAACAGUUACCAGAGGAAGAAAUCCAACACACAUUGCCCACUCCAACAUCUGUCCAAGAUAAUAUUGAUCAAAUGUCUCAGCUACAAACAUUGCAUGAUGAUGAAAUAGAAGUGAUUGAUAAUGCCAAGAGCUGUAUGCCAGAAAUUGAGCUUGAUAGAAAGUCUAUAGUUGUUAAGGAAUCUAAACAACAGGAAACCAAGGCAAAUGUUGACUUAGUGAAAGAAGAACAGGCAGACAAUCAAUCAGAAGAAUCAAGUGUGCAAAGUUUCAUUACAAAUUAUAUAAUAGUUGAAAGACAUACGACAUCAGAAAGCAAUAAAGAAUUAAGUGAUGAUGUUAACCCUGAUGGACAGAAGAAAGUAGAAUCACACUUGGUGGAGUUUUUAGAGAUUAAGGAUGCCAGUGAAAUCAGAGCAAAAGGAAUACACUCCAAACAACUGACCGAUGUGGAGAUACAAAAAUCAGAAACUGAAGGAAUGGCUGAAGAUAGAGGAAUGCAAACAAUGUCCAGCACAACAUCAGUCAAAAAUGAUGCAUUUAAUGAAUGUUGUCAAGAAGAGAUUCAACCACGAGAAGAAUAUGCUGAGACGCAUAUCAAAGAAGUGAAUAUGCCACACUAUGAAUUUUAUAUGCAAAAACAUAUUCCUGAGGCAUAUGGGGUACAGGAAGAUACAUGUCAGAUCAGGGUGGAAAAUGAACAGAAAUUUAAAUCCCAGCUGGCAUCACUAAUCAAGGAGACCACAUUCAUAGAUAAUCUGUACUCAGAUGGAGAGAUAGAAAAAACAAACCCCAGUAAUGAUGUAGAGAAAGACGUGAAUCCACAGUCACACAACAAGGAGAAAUUAGAGAUCCACGAUGAUAGUAAAUUCAAUGAAGAGGAAGCAAACGGAAUUGAAGAAAUGACAAAAAUAAAAUUACUAAACUCAGCAACGGACAGUCCACCAGAAGAAGUCCAGCCAAAAUUGCCUGAUCCUGCAACUGUCCAAGGUGACACUGGUCAAAUCUUACAGCAACAAACACUUGCCGCAGAUGCAUCAGACACAAUUGAUAACAACAUGAGAAAAAUUCCAGAAAAUGAACUUGACAGAAUGUCCACUAGUGUCGAGGAACCUGAAACCAAGGCAAACAUCAACAUAGAAGAAGAAGAAGAAGAAGAGCAAUCAGACAAACAAUCACACGAACCUAGCAUGCAAAGUCUGAUUACAGAUUACAUAACAGUGGAAGGCCAUUUAGCAUCAGAAAACAGUUCAAAUAUGAAUGAACAGAAGACAGUAAACUUGCAGUUGGUAGAGAAUUUAGGGAUCAAGUAUGCAAGUAAACCGACCACAGAGGAAGUAACAGAUGCCAAACAACCAACUGGCGUGGAGGUAGAAAAAACAAAAAAUGAAGAAAUGAUCGAAAAUGAAACACUUGAUGAGAGUAAUCAAGAAGAGAUGCAAGCAGAAGAAGAUUUUUCAGGGACACAUACCAAAGGCAAGCAGACACCACAAUCCAGCAUGGAGAAUGUAAAUUCAGAAGGAAUGGAAAUAACUGAAAGUAGUACAAAGUCAAGUUAUGCCGAGGAAGAACAAGAACAGGUUAUAAACCCAUACACUAUAGAAAAUUCAGAAAUCAAGGAUGGUACAAAAAUCAAGCUAGAAGAAGCAUCUGAUAUAAAAGAAGCCACAGAUGAACCUGUGACUAAAGCCAUCUCAGUUUUAUCUACGAUACCAUCUGUAAGAAUUUGGAUAGUUGAUGAAAGCAUUCAAGAAAAAAUACAAAAGGAUGUUCAAACCUCAGUGAUCAAUACCAAAGAGGAGCAGAGACCAGAAAAUGAUUUUGUAAGGAACAUGGAAGUUCAAGAGGCAUGUGAUUUAAAAAAGGGGCCAGGCAACACCUCUGUGGAAAAUGACGAGAAGGUCGAAGUCCAAUCUGAAGCAAAUAACCAGAAGACCAUUAAAAAGAAUCCAAAUUUAGAAGAACUGGAGACUGCAGAAAUAAGUCCAAGUAGUGAUACUAAAGAACUUGGAAAGGAACAUGAAGUUGCAAAACUUGGAGGUGUCUCUGAAUCUGUAUCCAUAGAUAUCACAAAACAAAUAGACACGGGGAAACUGGAAACUCAAGAGGCCGAAACUGGUUUAUCGGACAACACAAAAGAAGAUAAAGCAGGAGAAGAAUUCGAAAAAAUAAGCCCAUCAUCUAGUGUUGGUGUCAUAUCCAAAGACUCUCAAGACACUAGCACCAAAGUUUUGCACAAAAAAUCUCACGGCAUUCUGUCAGGUGUAGGAUCAAAGGUGAAGCACUCAAUUUCCAAAGUGAAGAAAGUCAUUACGGGCAAGUCUUCACGCCCCAAGACACCGCCAUCGUAAAAAUAAAAAAUAAAAAUAAGGGCUCAUUACACAACUACAUGCUGUUGUUGAAAAUAGAAUAUACACAUGUUUGGGAAUUUUAGAGGGUUUAUUUCUUAUGUUUGAAUAAUUGGAUUGAUUUGUUUCAUUGAUGUAUUGUUUGGUUUGUCAUUGGUUUUGAAAUUUGAUCUUACGGAGGAUCUGCUAUCCUUCCAAAUCGGUGUAAUGUAUUAUAUGGAUUUAGCAUUUAUUUCAAAACAUGGGCACAAAUAGUUGGUAA